AUGUCUAUAGAUUUAUCUUCUGAGCGUGUUUGCUAUGUCCACUGCAACUUCUGCACCACGAUUUUAGCGGUAAGUGUGCCAUACGCAAGUUUGUUCACACUUGUGACGGUGAGAUGUGGCCAUUGUACCAACUUGCUCUCUCUCAACAUUGGAGUUUCACUUCAUCAAAGCUCAUCUCCUCCUAUUCAUCAAGAUCUUCAGCAGCAUAAGCAACACAUGACCUCUUCGGUAACAAGGAAAGAUUGUGGAUCGUCUUCUAGGAGCACCAACCACUUUUCCACCACACUGUCCGAAAAUGUCGAUCGAGAGGCUCCUAGAAUGCCUCCUAUUCGCCCGCCGGAGAAAAGGCAACGCGUUCCUUCGGCCUACAACAGAUUCAUCAAAGAGGAAAUCCAAAGGAUCAAGGCUGGCAAUCCAGAGAUCAGCCACCGUGAAGCGUUUAGCACAGCUGCUAAAAAUUGGGCACAUUUUCCUCACAUUCACUUUGGAUUAAAGCUGGAUAGCAACAAAAAAGGCAAGCAAUUAGAGCAGACUGUUGCAGGCCAAAAGUCUAAUGGCUAUUACUAA